AUGGCUACCCGAACGGUCCUCCUCACGGUCGCGAACCUCCUGAUCCCAGUCUCGAUCCUGAUCUUCGCGACAGGCUUCUUCCCGUAUAAGCCUUUCAUGCCAGGGCUGGCAGAGUAUGAAGAGCUAGGAUGGAAUCGCAUACUAGGAGAUGAUUGGCAGAAACCACCUGCCGCACCAUUCGACAAGGUGAUUUUCAUGGUUGUUGAUGCACUGAGGAGCGAUUUCGUCUUCGGCGAAGAGAGCGGGAUGAGCUUUGUACAGAGCCUCAUCCGAGACGGCACCGCCCUGCCAUUCACCGCCCACGCUACCUCCCCUACCAUCACCAUGCCACGCGUGAAAGCUAUAACAACAGGCUCCAUACCCUCGUUCUUAGAUGUGAUCCUGAACUUUGCGGAGUCGGACACUACUUCCACGCUCGCAACGCAAGACACAUGGCUUGCGCAAAUCAAAGCAAAGCAGUUUGACAAUGGAAAGGGGAAGCUGGUCAUGUACGGCGAUGAUACGUGGUUGAAGCUGUUUCCAGACUUCUUCGAUCGGGCAGAUGGGACGAGCAGUUUCUUUGUUUCGGACUUCACGGAGGUUGAUAAUAAUGUGACAAGGCAUGUUCCCAACGAGUUGCUAAACAGUGAUUGGAAUGCCAUGAUUAUGCAUUACCUGGGAUUGGAUCAUAUCGGGCAUAAGGCUGGUCCUAAGAGCCCCAAUAUGAUCCCCAAACAGAAAGAAAUGGACAACAUGGUCCAGAGCAUCUACUCCGCAAUCGAAAACGAAGAUCACCUCGCCAAUACCCUUUUCGUUCUCUGCGGCGAUCACGGCAUGAACGAAGGGGGUAAUCACGGCGGAUCGUCGCCCGGCGAGACGUCUCCUGCACUUGUGUUCAUGAGUCCUAAGCUCUCCAAAGUCACCCAAAAUACAAUAAAAGAAAGUCCAAUCAAGCCAUCAAGAGGAAACGAGUUUGAAUACUAUAGGAUGGUCGAGCAAAGUGAUAUUGCGCCUACGCUCGCGGGUUUGUUGGGGUUCCCGGUACCUAGAAAUAACUUGGGUGUAUUUUUGACGGAGUUCCUGGGCUUUUGGGAUGAAACGCCAAAUCGGGUCCAGCUCCUUUAUCGGAAUGCGAAGCAGAUGAAGAAGAUCGUUGAAGCGACGUAUACGAGCUUGAAGUUUACUGAUGAGGUGUUGGAGACUGGCGAAAUGGGGUUCGAGUGCUUCUCACUAAAUACGCAUCUCACGGAUGGUCAGAACUUGGCAUGUCUCUGGCAGCGAGUCGUGAACGCAAUGGGAAACAACGAUGAAUUUGAGCACAUCUACAAAUUCAUGCACGAGGCUCAAGACACCAUGUCUAGUACCGCAUCCAACUACGACGUCUCCCGUCUGGUCUUUGGAACUGGUCUAGCUAUUCUCGUCUGCGCUCUAAGCUACCUUACACUUCCUUCGUUCAGGCCUAUCACGCCAGCUGGCAUCUACUACGCGCUUACGCUAGUUCUCUAUGCGGCCCUUAUGUUUGCAUCUUCCUAUGUCGAGGAAGAGCACAACUUCUGGUACUGGGCUACCUCAGGCUGGUACAUUCUUCUACUCCUCAGCAACCUGCGAAAGGAGUGGUACGACAAAUGGUUCUUCCAUCCUGCGAUCAUGGCGCUUGUCGUACACCGAGUGAUCAGACGGUGGAAUCAGACCGGGCAGAAGUACGCAGGAGCUGAUGACAUUGUCAAUAGUGGUAUCUUCCACGGCAAUAACUCCUUCGUGCUAUGGGCUCUCAUCGGCGCUACGUAUAUGGAUAUUAUGAUUCGCAUCGCAAGACAUGUUGCUCGCUCUAUCGCGACCUUUGACAAUCUGCAGAACGUUCAGAAUGCUGAGAUUGAGUCGACGGAUCAUCACCGUAUGAUUGGAACAGUUGCUGUAGUGCCCCUUGUCGGAACAGCGUUUGUUUUCAAGCUUGCGUUCACGGCCAAAGAUGCUCCAGAGCUGACAGCUGGUAUUACGGGAGGCAUGAUGGAGUCGGUGGAGACGCUAAAUAUCGUUGGCCUCGCCCAGAUGGUGUUUGGCGGCCUCGCGCUCAGUGGAAUUUGGAUUGCUUUUGCAGAGUGGCAACGAUCUAAGAAGAGAGUAGCGACGAGGCAAGAAGGUAACGGCGCUCUCGCGGUGGCAUUCUUCGACCUGAUGGCACUUUUCCUCAUCACCCAAACGAAAGCCCAGAAUAUACCCCUCUACCUCCUCUUCAGACUUCAAUUCUUCUUCCUGAGACUUCUCAACCUCUCCCCUGCAGCCGUUACAACAACAACUCUCCUCCUAACGCAAACCUCCUUCUUCGCCCUCGGCAACAGCAACGCCAUAUCCUCCAUCGAUCUGUCAAACUCUUACAAUGGCAUCUCAGGCUACAACAUCACUGCUGUCGGCGCCCUCGUUUUUCUCUCAAACUGGGCAGGCCCCGUGUACUGGUCCCUCGCCAGCAUCCUCCUGCUAGGUUCUCACGGCUCAACACAACGCUACAUUGAAACUUCUGAGCUCCACGUUGCAGACUGGGUUACGAAGGAACGCGAGUAUCUCAAUGAGCUGGCGAGGAAGGAAGAGAAGGGUAGGGAGAGCAGGAGGGAUGGCAAGGAGUGGGGAAGACAUGUGGCACUGCUGACGCUUCCCAAGUUUCUGUUUGCGAUGGCGUGGGGAGUCGCAUGGCAUUUGGGUGUUACAGUCUGGCUGGGGGGGUUGGCGUGGUGGCUGGGUACGUGGUGA